UUUUCAGUUCCACCUUAAGUCGCACCAGUGAACUUGUGUGGUGUAAAGUAAUUAUCGUCAAUCUGUUAACGUGUGCCCGGACCUGCGGUCUGCGUAGCGCUGGUGGUACGUGUACCACAGGUUGGGAACUGGUGCUAAAUGCUUCCGGAGAUCUCGGCUGGGGAGCUGUCGCAGGCCGGGAUCCGGGCAGCGAAGCCUGGCUGCUUGUCAAGAAAUUUACGGCCUCGCCUGGAACUUGGAAUCGACUUCGAAAUUAUAGUUAUAGAUGAUGGAAGCCCAGAUGGGACACAGGAAGUUGCUGAACAAUUGAAAGGGAUAUAUGGAUCAGAUAAAAUUCUUCUAAGACCCAGAGCUAAAAAGUUGGGAUUGGGCACUGCUUAUAUUCAUGGAAUGCAGCAUGCCACGGGGAAUUUUAUUAUUAUUAUGGAUGCUGACCUCUCGCAUCAUCCAAAAUUUAUUCCGGAGUUCAUCAGAAAGCAAAAAGAAGGUAAUUUUGACAUUGUAUCUGGAACACGGUAUAGAGGAAAUGGAGGAGUGUAUGGCUGGGAUUUGAAAAGAAAAAUAAUCAGUCGUGGUGCCAACUUUAUAACUCAGAUUUUGCUGAGACCAGGUGCAUCAGACUUAACAGGAAGUUUCAGGUUAUACAGAAAAGAGGUCUUGGAGAAACUAAUGGAAAAAUGUGUUUCUAAAGGCUACGUCUUCCAGAUGGAAAUGAUUGUUCGGGCUAGACAAUUAGGAUACACCAUUGGAGAGGUUCCAAUAUCAUUUGUGGACCGUGUCUAUGGAGAAUCUAAACUGGGAGGCAAUGAAAUUAUCUCUUUCUUAAAAGGACUGUUGACUUUGUUUGCUACUACUUAAGUUUACUUUAGACAAAUCUUUAUUUAAAAGUAACAUUUUCUUGCAUUACGUGUCAUUUUAAUAUAUUCUAUAGCAGAAGCUCACUAAUUUGUCUACUGACCAAAACACUUAUUUGCAAAUUAGUGAUAAAAUGAACCAAAAAUAAGAAAAUAUACAGAUGUCUUCAGAUGUAAUAUACAGUAUUACAGAAUAUUCUUUUUCUAAUUAAAUGAACUAGUAUAUUUAUGAACUGUUCAAAAUUAAUACAUUGUAGUAGUUUGUUUGUUUUUUAACCCCAAAAUCUUAAUAAAUGAGACCAUGCUUAAAUUCUGAACAAUUAAAUCUUGAUUGAAAAA